UCGUUCUCAUUUUGGUCUUGUUAGUCAAGAGCCAGUUUUAUUUGAUUUAACAAUUGCUGAAAAUAUAGCAUAUGGAUUAGAGAAUGUUUCAAUGGAAGACAUUAUCAAUGCAGCAAAAAGAGCUAAUAUUCAUCAAUUUAUUGAACAGUUACCUCAGAAUUAUGAAACAAAAGUAGGAUUGAAAGGUAGUUUUCUGUCAGGUGGUGAGAAACAACGUAUUGCUAUUGCUCGAGUUCUUCUUCGUCAACCUAAAGUAUUGCUCUUAGAUGAAGCUACAAGUGCCAUGGAUGCACACAAUGAACAAAUUGUACAAGAAGCUCUUGAACAAGCUCAAAGAGAAGAUCCUAGUCGAACAUCAUUGAUUGUUGCUCAUCGUCUUUCAACUAUUCGUUCAUGUGAUUUGAUUUGUGUACUUGAAAGAGGACAUAUUGUGGAAAGUGGCACUCAUACAGGGUUGACACAACGACGUGGCGCUUAUUAUAAGAUGCUUGCUCACGACAAUUUACAAUGA